UUUGGCUAGCAGGAAAGAGGCACCUCUUUGCCUCGAAGAAUUAAAACGGUGAGUUCUAAAAAUUGCGACCAUUUUACCCAAAAAUAUAGAAAUAUGUAGUAAUAUGUGGUACUCUCCUUUAGAAUAAUAUCUCUAAUUUUCUCUGUAUGAAAGAUUGUUAUGGUACUCAUUCAGGAUUCCUUCAGUUGUUCUAAUUUGCUAUCGUAACGGUCAGAAAGUUUCGCGCACGUGGCGCCAACAGUAAAAAGGUGUGAGUUAUGAAAAUGAUUGGAUUUUUUCAUUCUUUGAGAGUUGGCUUAUUUGAACUCAAAACAAGGUAUUUAUGGGCUCAAAGACGGAAAAUUAGAAAUUUGCCAAAGAUUUCAUCGAUUUCGCAAUUCUUUUGACAACUUUUAGAAGUGUUGUUGCAUUUACUGAACAAUAGUUAUAGAUCAAUUAAUUCUAAUAUUCUCAAAACUGAGAAAGAUUCGAUCAAAGCAGAACUUAAAAAAGGAAAGUACAACUUCUUAUAUUAAUACGUGAGAAAACUGCAAAUGAUUGAAAAAAGGUUCAAAAAUCUUAAGAGAAACAUUUGAUAUUUUUUAAAAAGUUUUUUUCCCUGGUUUGUCAGUUACAGCAUAUUUUACGAGUCAGACUACUGUAAAAAUUGUUAGGUACUAUAGAAAGAUCCGCAGAGCCUGUGAGCUCCGGACUACUUUUAAUUCAAGUUGAAGAUAAAAUAUUUGAAGAAAUUUACGCAAACAACAAAACAGUGGGGAAAAAAUUGAGAUACUGAAUGUUUUCCGAAGAAAUGAAAUCUUAAUUUUCUUUAUUUGAUUGUCGGAUUGCUUAAAGAGAUUUGAGAAUGGUUAAAGGGCAAACAUAAUAACUAAAACAAAUCGUCAAAAAUUGCUUCGAAAGUCAGGGUUUGUUAACAAACAUGGAACUGAUAAACAUACUGGCGAAGAAAUCUUAAUUUCUACCAUGACACAGACAAAAAAGAAAAAAAAAACAUGCUGGAUAUUGAACGGCUUAGCAAAUCGUAGCAUAUUAAAAUACACUGUUUUCAGUCGACAAUCAUCACGUAGUAGGUAAAACAGUAUUUUCAUCUUUUCCUUUUAAAAGUCAUCUUAAAAAUGUUGCUUUUUUUGUAGUUGAUCCUACAAUACCUUUUCGUUUUCAAAAUGAUAACAUAAGUGUACUAAGUUGUGCAUUCAGGUCAUAUUGAGGAGACAAAUGAGAAAUUUAUAUUUUAGCUAACGAAUAUUCUAUAUAUUUGCAGAUAAUUUAAUUUUUCAGCGAGGAUGUGGCUUUGCUUUCUUCUGGCUUCUUUUACCCUGCCCUUUGCCCACGGCAAAAAAGGUGAAUAAUUUUACGUAGUACAACUACCUUUAGCCGCCCGUGAUGGUCGUGAUGUAAGUACAUAAGAUGCUCACUCACGCAAAGCGCCUUUAAAUAAAAACUGUCCCUUGUAUUGGGAAAGAUACCCCAAGCAUUGAAAGAAAACUUGGUAUCCUGUCCAAUACGACAGUCUCUUUAAAUUGCUUACUUUUCUGGGCUUGUAAGUGGACAACUUUUAAAUCCAAGAGACAAACUGGGAAUAACCGAGAAAAAAGAAAUAGCACUAGUCAAGAAGGAUUCCCCUAUACCUUGAACACACACUGAAUUGAUUCAGUACGUUUAGGAAAAAGAAUGGAAUUUGUACUUAACAUUCUCCACACACAGGAACAUGUUGACUGAAACUUAUAGAGAAAAAAAAAAACGCCAAGAGAGCGAUAAGAGGCGGCAAUUUAAGUGGUGGGCUAAUUGGUUAGUCUUCAGUUGACAACUUCGGGGCUUAGAAAAAAGGGCUUUGUGUCAAAAGCUUUGUUUCCAUACGUUUCUGGGAAACUGCUCAACUACCCCUCCCCUAAGCCAACAUUAACACUUACUUCUCAAGGCAAAUUGUUGGCUUAGGGGAGGGGUAGGUGGGCAGUUCCCAGAAAUGUAUAAUGACCCGUUUCUCUUGAAUGAAUCCUCCCCCAGCUGGGAGAACCAACUGUUGAAAAGUUAAGUUAGUUUCAGAUAUUUGAAGUAGGGGCAGCAAUUAUUCAUAAUCUGUGCACUUUCGAUAAUUAAAUAUGUAUUUUCGAUAUCAGAUCCUCUUCCGCAUUCUACAUGUGAGCGACAGUUCGAGAAGAUUGGAUGUUUUGUAGAUAAGACUGGACAGCAGGGUGCUCUUAGAACUCUUCCCAACCUCCUGGUUAACGACAGAGAUGUAAAUAGCGACGCAAACGAUGGUCACGUGCUUGAUUGGCACAAAUGGCCGGAAUCUAUUCACAGGUAAGCCAGCCUGAUUUAACUAACGCUUGCUACGCAAGCUAUCAAGUCACUAAACACUAUAUAACUGCAAAACUAAAAUCCAUGCCAAGCAAGGAAAAAUCCUCAUGGAGCCCUGUUGGGCUAAAAUGCAGAAUCAGAAUUUGCCUUCUUUCGGGCUUGGAAAAUGAGAUUUGAGUCACUCGGACCUGGAAUUCUAUUUUGGCUACAGGGAGUGGGAUGUGAGAUAAUGCGUUUAAAUGAUACACUGGGAAAUGACAAAAAAUAUAUAUUUAAAAGGGCCUUUUUAUAAAAAUGUUGCAAACAGGUGCACCUCGGGGCUUAACUUUAUUUCAAAGGUUUAGAAAAGUGACGCAUUGUUCUUAUGAGGUAUGUGAAAGGGGUCACAUGUUUCAAAUGAAGGUAAAUGAAUAGGGUGCCAUUUCUGCCAAAAAUUGUAUUUAAAAGGGUAAAGGGGUCGCCUCUCCGUAUAAAACUUUGUAAAAUAGCCCCCCAGCGACCAUAUCGUAGUUCCUUGGUGUGGGAAUGUACGUAUUUCAUAACGUUUUACAGAAGGGGGUAGAAUAAGAGUAACUUUCCAGUACACCAGAUCAGUUUUGAGUCUUCCCAAGGCGUAAAAAAUUGAUGAGUAAAUACAGUUAAGUCAACGUAAUUGCCUGAUCCAGAAAAUUCAGAAAGAGGACUAGAAAUUUGCAAACACUAUGGUACAUGCAUUAUUACUGAUUUAUUGGCAACGGAAUUCUGAGAACAUCUGUUGCCAAAAAUUUAAAUGGUUCUGGAAGACAAAUUUUACUGAAAAUUCCUGAAGUUGAUAACACAAUUUCAGACAAAAUAGGUGGGGGUGGGAGGGGGGGGGGGGGGGGGGGGGGGGGGCGAGAAAAGGGUCUCCUCUCCUCAUCAUCCCUCUUUAUUUGUCAUGAACGCAUAUGUUGCUUCGUCAAUUGGCCAUUGGUCAUUGGCUAUUGGGUAUUUAAUUCUCCUGAUCCACAACGAACCCACUUCAAUGAUUUGCUUGAGUGACCAACUAACAAAAAAGCUUUUUAGCACGCAAUUGCCCAAUGCCCAAAGCAACCUUCAUUGACCCAAGUAUACAUAUAUGUAAAAGGUAGUUGAUAAGAAUUGCGUUUUUCUUUCCCUCCUUAUUUUAAGCCUUGCUUGUCGCUGUGCAAACGCGACUCGUGCCAAAGGCUGGAAGGUAUUUGGUUUACAGUUCUAUGGAGAAUGCUGGAGCGGGGAGAAUGGUGAGACAACAUUCAACAAUUACGGAGAAGCAGGUCCUAAAAAGUGCGUCCAGGAGCUGGUUCAGGGGUUUCCACCUUGUGACAAGAGUAAAGAUAUGGAGUGCGUUGGAACUCAAAGCACCAAUUAUAUCUACCGACUGAAAGACUGUAAGUCUCAUUUAAUUUACCAAUAGGCCAUUUUACGGCUUGUGCACCGUCUACAAAGCGAAUAGCAAGUCUCGAGUUAACACAUAAAGAACACAACAGUGAUCCCUAGCCUUUACACAAUAACAUAAUAAACUUCACACAGUAGAACGACACAAUAAUGCAUAUAUUGAAUGGGUAUUUCGAGCACCAGUGCUGCUAGACAUUUGCGACACGAGUUUUUUUUUUUCUCUGAGGGAGCCCAAUGUCUAUAAGCCUCAUGGUUUCUUUUUGGGCUUCCUCGCCACUUUCAUUCGCUCUUGUGUAACUGUCUUGUUUUAUCGUUAUUUGUAUUUUGUGGUAAAUCAAAUAAAGUUACAAAUUGCAACUUCGAGCCAUGCAUACAAUGCACGUUGAGCUCUAGUCGUGCGAACAAGCAUGUGGAUUUGUUUUGGAUUGCUUAUAUUUUCAGUGAAGCCAGCUGAUGUGAACGGUGGUUACUCCAUGUGGUCGCAGUGGACACUGUGCACUAAAACUUGUGGGGGUGGAACCAGAGUACGAGAACGCACCUGCACUAACCCUCCCCCUGCUGGGAAUGGCAAAGGCUGUGCUAAUCUGGGAGAGCCUGAGGAGGAGGAAAAAUGCAAUGAAGACCCGUGCCCUGAUCGUGAGUAACUGUUUCAGUAUUACUGUUUGCAACAAAGAGAAUACAGGGCCCCACUUCCUUUCUUCCAUUCUUUAAUGUAGCCCACUUUCUCCUUCCAGUUUUCGCAGGUUCUUUUAUUGCGUUAAAUCUUUUCGACUGCGCUGAAUUAGAGCCCUGUACAAGCCUCGAAGAAGUUAGUGGAGUUAAAGUUUUAAUCAUUGUAAUAGGGCGAAUUAAUGGAAAAUCCUUUUGCCAGUUAGGGUGAAAAAUUUGUGUACUCCCGAGUCUGAAAUUUCAAUAGAUAGCAGGACACACUUUGGCAUCUGUGAGGGCGAGAAAAGGCUGAUUUCACGCGCACCAACAAGGGAUGACCAAGUAGACUAUCUGAUACUAGUUUACUCACAUACAUUUUUCUUCCAUUCUCGUUUUCGUCAAAGCUUGCAAGAAAGCAUUGGACGUUGGCCUCAUAAUUGACGGUUCAGGAAGUGUGGGAAAAGCAAACUUUGACAAAGGUUUAACAUUCUUCGCGGAUCUCGUCAGCCAUUUAGCUGUUUCGCCACAGGGCACCCACGUUGGUGCCAUUGUGUACGAAUCAUCCGCAUAUCUGAAGUUCAACCUGAAAAAAUCAGAGUACCAUACGCUCUCCAAGCUGAAGGACGCUAUUAAGGCUUUGAGGUACCCUGGGGGAGGUACAAGAACUGAUCGGGCUUUGGAAAUGGCAGCAAAUAAGAUCUUCAGCGCCGAUGGUGGUGACAGAGGAGACGCCUCGAAUGUGCUUAUUAUAAUAACUGAUGGAAAAACUCAUAGCGGUAGUAAGAAAUAUAAAGAAGUCUUGAAACCAUUACAGGUUAGCCUGAGAGUGAUAUCAUAUCUGGAAGCUAAAAACAGCUGAAUAGAGCUGCCCCCGAAAUUUUGAACUACAACCUGAGCCCUGAAAGGGUUCUGAGACACUUUUCUUUUCUCUCACCCUUUUCUUAGGGCGUUUUCCAUUAACCGACAAUAUGACGGCUUUGCCUACGUUUCCCACCUCUCCCACGAACAAAGUUGAAGUCCAUAUACCUUAUAUUUAAUCGCUGACACCCAGCAAGGCCCUUGGGCGGUGGAGGAGAAUUAAUUGAAAAUGAACAGAUCAUAUAUAAAAGACUAAGGGCCCUUUCCAAAAGUCAGAACUGGCCGGCUGGACCAUGGCUGGACCAGUCAUUUUGACCAUGAAAUAGGCUUUUUCCAAGAAUUUUUGCUGAGAAAACAUCUUCUUCCUGCAUAUACUACGUAGGAUUUGACUGAUCUGGCUGAAAUUCGCUGAAGUGAAAUUCUCUUUACGACAAGAACGAUCGGGUCGGUCAUUUCUGACAACUGGAGAGCGCCCUAAGUGUCCCAAACGUAUGGACCAGGAUUGCAACUGUCAUCGAAGAUAAAGAGGUCUACUUUAUCUAACCUCAGCUUUGAUAGUUACAAUUACUUCAUAUACUCUACAUCAAAACUUUAAUGUUGUAUCAACACGGUCUCUGAUGGGCCGUGUUGUUGCCAAAAAAAUAAACAGCAUUUUUGCAUCGAUCGCUACAACUAUCCAUAUCGUGAAGAAAAUAAUGGGCAUUCAAAUUAUCUCGGGAAGUAAAGUUAUUACUUUCCUCUAUAUAUUCGUUAAUAAUUUGUAUCUGGUUGUUCAACUGGACUGUUGUGGUAAUUCUGAGAGAAAACUUUUUAGAAAAACAAUCUGAGCGCGGUAUCAAACUCAGAGGACCUUCUCCAAAGGUUUAAAGUCCAUGUCCUUGAGAACGGCCAACUCUUAUCGUAUAUAGAGGGUCAGUAAGAGAUGAAUUUUGUAUAAAUGUGACCUAACUCCCUAAUCUUAAGCAUUCAUGAUCUCUGCUUAUUACAAAGCUGUUGGAAUUAUGUAUGUACUAACUGACAGCCUCUUAACAUUUAGUUAAUGUUAAAUUCCGUUUGUGGUCUUUGACUAGGCGAAAGGUGUUCGAACCGUUGCUGUUGGAAUUGGUAAAAGCGUCGACAACAGUGAGCUACUAGAGAUUGCUGCAAACAACCCGAAUUACGUGACUCAUGUGAAUGACUUCGAUGACCUGAAAAGCCACUUACAGAGAAUCUUACUUGAAUCUUGUCAAGGUAAAACGAGUUGCAAAUGAGAUCCCAACCCUGAGAGUCAACACAGUCUUUGAUUUCACACUUGAUUGCAAAGUAAUAAAUAAACAGUAAAUAAAUAAAUAAAUAAAUAAUAAUCUUUUAAGGUUUUCAAAAAGGAUCUCAUAAGAUUAAAAAAAUACAAAGUACACACAAUCAACUAUAAAAUUAAACGCUAAAAUAUGUAAAAACUAUUAAAAUGUACACGAUAUCAACAAAAAUCAUUGAUUGUCUGGCUAAGGGAGUUAGAAUCCUUCAUGGCAUGAAAUGCAGUUCGUUGUUUGCCCCAGUCCCUUUGGACACUUGGAAGUCUUGGACACUUGAAAUUUAGUUUAGUGCUGGUGUUAUAAUCAUGUUGUUCUUGGUGUCUUGUGGAAUUCAUAUCAUGCUCAACAAGGCCCUCGAUCACUUGUUAUCAUUUUGUGGAUUCUGUCACAUUGUAUCGUCUUAGCCUGCAGGCAAGCUCUUUGAGAGGCUCUGGUGGCGUCAGAGUCACCCUGACACCUUGCUCGCAUGCCAUGGUUCUCACCACUUUAAAUACAUGGAUGCAAGAAAACUGCCUAGAGUCGCUACCAUUUGAAAUGAAUUAAAAGUGUAAAGCCUUUGUUUCAGCGAUACACUCAAGUAAGACGUGAAAUGGUUGACUCUGUAACUUUCAGGUCCCAUCGUUUCGAUCUUCCGUUGUUGGUCACUCUUGUAACUUAAAAGAGCUAAGAGAAGGACUAGAUGUAAAUUUGUCUGAUCAUUAUUGUGUUUCGUUAUCAGGUGCAGGUGACGUGGAUGGAGGGUUUUCCGAAUGGUCAAGUUGGACCCAGUGCUCCAAGUCGUGUGGUGGUGGAGUUAAAGUUCGCGAAAGAUCUUGCACCAAUCCACCUCCUAAGGGAAACGGACAGAAAUGCUCGGGAGAAUUUGAGGAGACUGGUGCAUGUGCUGAAAAUCCUUGCCCAAUACGUAAGCCGACAUUGUAAAAACAUAUACAAUAGGUCACUAAUGUCGUAGGUUACAUCCGUGGUUUUUAACAUGCUCCUACGUGCUAUUCUUAGGUGGAGAGAUUUUGGCCGAUAAUUAAUGUUUUUGGCGUUCUAUAUAAACUCAAUGCUUAACAAAAGGGAGGUUAAGCAAAAACUUUUUUGAGCGACGCACGACAACUGGAAGUGAUUCCUUAAUAUUUCUUGAGGCUUUCACGUUUGUAUUGCUAAGUGUUCUUUACUCUCAUAGAGACGAUUUUAACAGAAGCCUCUGCCAAAGCCACGGCCCAAGAAUGCAAAAAGUCCACUUCCAGUUGCCCAGCAUCGCUUGAACGUAGUUCAUUAUACUUGAACUUCCUAAAGCCCGUACAUUCAGUCUGUUUCAACAAGUGCUAACUUCCUACACCAAUAGCUUUACAUUCUGAUAUUAAUUCUGCAAAUGCUUUUUUUCUGCAGCCUGUACUAAGGCAUUAGAUGUCGGAAUCAUUAUAGACGGCUCUGGAAGUGUGGGUAAAGCCAACUUCCAAAAGGGAAAAGAAUUCGUGAAGUCACUGAUAUCGCACUUCAUUAUCUCCACUAAAGCAACGCACUUUGGCGUCAUCACAUACAGCACCUAUGCUAAGUUAGAGUUCGACUUUGCAAACACAAAAUACUACGAGAUUGUGGAACUUAAGAAGCGUGUCAUGGAGAUCACCUACCCGGGAAAAUGGACACGCACCGAUCGAGCUUUGGAAAUGGCCGCCCAAAAGUUGUUUACUGAUGCUGGUGGCGAUCGUAAAGACAAACCGAACGUUUUGAUUGUGCUCACGGAUGGAAAGACAAACAGAGGAAGCAAGCCUUACCCCGAAGUACUUCGUCCACUUCAGGUCUGUGUGCACUAGCAUAUCAGCUUUUUGCGAUACCCUCGUAAAGAAAUUUUCAAUGGAUUUGCACCAACUUUGCUAUCCCUCAUUUUGCACAAAUUUGCAUCACAUUUGUUUUGAGCAAAUGUGAAGCAAAUCUAUUAUUUCGUCGAGUGAAGUAAUUCAAGUAAAAAUUAUUUGAUACUUGUAACAGUAGAGGAGCUUUGGUCGCGCAGUGGUGCCCUACCUCCCAACAAUGUGGCACGGGCUCAAUUGCAAAUCCCGGUCUCGACGCCAUAAGUGGGUUGAGUCUGUUGUUGGUGCUCUCCUUUGCUCCUAAAGGUUUUUCUCCAGGUACUCCGGUUUACCCCUAUCCUCAAAAACCAAUAUUUCCAAAUUCAAAUUCGACCAGGAAAGGUAGACGAAGAACCACUGCGUGUAUGUGUAUAAUUUUUAUACUCAACUGUUUGGACCGAUGAUAUGUGGAAAAACUGUAGUGCUAUGGUCAGUCUGACUUCAACUUGAAAUCCUGCGUUACUAUAAGUGCUAAGGUUUAGACAUGUUUAGCCUCUUAAUUGUAAGGCAGGGAGUUUAAUCUUUCGGAUAAGGGUUGCAUGGCUGUUUGAGAGAAAGAAAGAGAGAGAGUUGACGGUCUCCUGGAGUUUAAGCAGCGACGUUUUUAAGCGACGCACGUUAACCGGAAGUGAGCCUUUUUCUCUUUUAAAAUACCUUGACGCUACCAAAUUUGUAUGUCUAAGUUUCUUUGCUCUUAUAGAGACGAUUUGCAAAAAAAAUUGUUCACAAUCACGGCUCAAGAGUGUAACAUGUCCUCUUCCGGAUGACGUGCGUCGGUCAAAAACGUCGCUGCUUAAAUUCUCUGUUGUUGUUUUUAGGAGCGCGGAGUGAGGACCGUGGCUGUUGGAAUUGGACAUGGAAUUAAUCGUAGGGAGCUUCGUCAGAUUGCCAUGAGCGAUGAUCAAUACGUGGUUCAAGUCAGCGAUUUUGAUGCCUUGAAAGACAAACUGCAGAUGAUUUUGGACGAGUCGUGUCAAGGUAUAUUAACUCAUAAAUCUUGCUAUCCAAGGUUUUAGUAUGUAUUAAAUAGAAUAAUUUAUCUUUAAUCCAGGAGCACCUCCACCUCAGCCUAGUCCAAAGUGUCAAGAGGGAGCCCUUGGAAUUCAAAAUGGUGAUAUUCCUGACAACGCUAUAACAGCAUCUAGUCAGUGGGAUGGUAACCAUGGCCCAGACCGGGCGCGGCUUAAUAUAGCUAACGUGGGAGCAAAACGUGGGGCCUGGUCAGCGAAGUACAACGACAAAGGACAAUUUAUUCAGGUAGCAACCUGCAAUUAGCCAGCGAUUGUAUUAUUACUGUAUUUGCAGUCUCUCGCAAAGACGUCCUCUUAUAUAUUACAAAAUGAAUUUGACUGAUAGUAAUGAGAUUAAGACAUAGAAGCACGCUUUACUUGAGAUAACAGCAUCCUGCACUUAAGUUUUCAACAACCAGGUAAUCAAUAUCUACUGCCUGUUUCAUCUAUAAGAACAAACAAAAACUCCCUGAGAUCGGACAGGACGAGGUCAUGAAAGACCAAGUGAAUUAACCUAGCAAGGCUUCGCCCGAUCGCGCUUAAAGCUUUGUGAUCUGAAUGAUCCAACUCGCCGUUGUUAAUUGGUAUCCAAGCAUGUGACCAAGUUUUAAAAAGGACUACUUACGUAGCUUAUGGUACAGUUACUUACCCACGUAUAAUGGGACGUUGUCUCAUUGUACAGUCUUCCCUUGGCCUAAUUAUUUACGAGGAGGGAGAAGAUGAACUGUUAACUGAGGAGAGAAGAGAAACAAACCAGUCACGUCCAUGUUAAGGCGAAAAUGCGUAACACCCCCUAUCCAUUUUUAAAUGAUUAAGAGUAUUUUCUAAGGCAACUGUAUGUUAGAAAGAGGAUAAGUUCAAACAUAAACCCUAAAAAUCAACCAGUCUUUCAAGUCCGCGAGUCAGCCGACCAAAUAAUUAACCAGUCAGUCAGUACUAAUCAGUCGAUCAGUCAAUAAACCAAUCUAUACUGAAAAUAGUAAAUAAUUAUCUUAUCCCCCUGCUUGGGGGACUUUUGCCAACCUCGUUCCUAGGGUGUGGAUAGGAGGAGCAAACCCUGGGAACGAGGUUGGACUUUUGCCAGACUGCAUAUACAAUGAAGGAAAGAGUAAUGAUACUUACUCCCUGUGUGACGUGUGAAUUUGAGAUAGACCACCACAGCGGGACUACGUCCGCUAUACCCUUUACGACAAGUGUGUGAUUUUUUUAGCGUCCCACAAAUUUAUUGUAUGUGCCAGGGUUGUGAAAGGGGGCUUACGCUUUAUGGUCCUUAUCGGAGAAGACCAGAAAGUCUAACCGUUUUGCAUAUGCCUUUUGAAAGACAGCACUUUCGGGCUCAGUUAGUUAAAGACCCUGAGCGUUGGUCCGGCUGGGGUUUGAGCUAGCGGCCUCUGGCGCGGCUGACCAGCGCAUAUCCAAUUGAGCUAACCGGGAAGCGAUCUGCGAGACAACCAUUAAUUUUAAUGGCGGUUACGUACAACACUAACAACUAACUGCUGUUGUUUUAGGUUGAUCUUGGAAAGGUUGUCAAGAUAACCAAGGUUAUGACUCAGGGAAGGAGUGAUUAUAAUCAGUGGGUUACGUCAUAUUGGCUAUCAUACAGUAUCAACAAUGGCUACUACCAGACAUAUGGCGAAAAUAAACCCAUUGUAAGUGCCUUUAAUUUAUUGCUGAAAUGCGUUACAAUGACUGUUAAUCAGAUUAUCAUUCAAAUCAUUUUGACAAACUGCCCUCACGAAUCGGUUCGUUGCUAGUUUGGGGAGCACAGGUUAAGAAUAGAAAUAUAAAUUAUUUAUUGUACGAUAAAUUGCAGUCUUAUUGUACAAUUUGUUUUUCCGUCAGCAGGCCUCCAGGGGCAAAUCUAGGAAAUUCAGAAACAGGGGUCCGAGAGACUGGCCAGCCAUAAGAAUACUGUUUAUGUAUGGUUUAAAGAACUCCGACAGCAUCUUCGUUCAAAAAUAACGCUCUAGGACAGAGUUUACUAAGAAAUCUUUAAACUUUUUCGAACACAAUUUCAGAUCAAAGGGGAGCCGCCGCCAUCCUUUAAAUCUGCCCUUUCGAUUUGUUCUUUCACACUUGUUUCCUUUACUUUAGAUCUUUACUGGAAACAAUGACCGGAACACUGUGAAAGUAAAUGUGUUAGAUGUGCCUAUUUACACUCGUUAUAUUCGACUUCAUCCUGAAAGCUUCCAUGGACACAUCUCCUUGAGACUCGAGCUGUAUGGCUGCAAGACAGGUCGGUACAUAUUCAGUGAAAGGAGUAAAUUGUACAACUUCAUUUGAGAGCAAAGUGAAUGUUAGGGUAGAGGCUGUCGCCUUGAUAAAAGGCCCCUUUCCUUUUCGUACGCCAGUUCAAAUCGAGAAGGUGAAAAGUAAUCUCUAUUCGCAGCCCGAAGUUAAAUGGCUUAAGGCUAAAUCCUUUAAAAAUUCAAAACGACACUGGAAAGCCAUCGAAAUAUCUCGAAGACACUCCAUCUCUCUGUUGACAAUGUCUUCCAUCGGGCGGGGGGUACUCCCUUAUAUAAGCCACAUAGGUAUGUGCCACCCCAUACGGUAGGAUUUUUGGGCCUUUUUGGUCUGAAAACGGGUAUACACUUUGCCCAUUUUGGUCCGGAAUCGGGUAUGAUUUUCGAAGGAACUACGGGAGUGUAUGAACGUAUUUGUCGUUUCCAUUCCAAAUGAAUAAGAAAGAAAGAGUAAUAUGCAUAUAAUAUUUUGUUAGCCUUCUACCCUAAGUAAUUUCAGGCCUGACAGCGGGUCUGGAGUUUAGUGGCCAGGUCUGAAAGCGGGGGUGGAAAGUUACUUUUUUUGGUCUAAAACUGGGUUAGGAUUCGGAGAACCGGUUGGUACACCCCCAUUAAGAUUUUUCAAGAGUACCCCCGGGCUUCCAUUACCGCCUUUUUGAUUAGACAAAAACAGUGUAUCCCUAAAGAUCAACCCUUGUACUAACAACGUCGUUUUCAUCAGGCUUUGUCCCACCCAGUCCCCCGCAAUGUUUGGAAGCUCUCGGAAUGCAGAGUAGACGAAUUAAAGCAGAUGCCCUGCAAGCUUCAUCUUCAGCUGACAGCAACCAUAGUCCAGACCAAGGGCGUCUUCAUUUCCAGAAAACAGGAAGCAAAGUCGGCGCCUGGUCCGCUAAGAUUAAUGACGCUCAUCAGUGGUUUCAAGCCAAGUUUGAUGUGGUGGCCAAGGUGCGUAGCAUUGGUAUUCAGGGUCGUAUGGACUACGAUCAGUGGGUGACGGUAUACACACUGGCUUACAGUUUUGAUGGAAAGAACUGGAAGGAUUAUGAACUCAAUGGAAAAGUGACGGUAAGUUCUAACCAACAAAUUUUAUCAAUCGUUGAGACCGUCAACUAUAAUGAUUGGGGUUUGGAGUCGGGGGAUUGGCAAACUUUCGUUCAAAAUGUUCUUUACAAGAUAUUGAUUACAGUCGUAUUAUUUAAGUGUUUCUUCCGAUAUCAAGACCCUUCAAAGAAAACAGAAAUAUCAGUUGUGCGUCUUUUAUAUAACCUCUUCUUGUCUGGGUAUGUUGUCUGGUGGUAAUCACUUUCUUUUGUUAUUGGGAAGUAUUCGCCUAAUUUAAAUGUUUUUUUUAUACUUACUUUACUCUGCAAAAUGAUCGAAGAGCCUCUGCUCGCAGCAUAACCUUACUUAUAAGCUAAGAUGAAGUCGUGUAUUCAGAGUAACGUCGUCAGUUAUGUAGGCAUGGCACUAACAAGAAGCUGUAUAGGUUGAACUUAUAAAUUGUCUAUUGUUCAUUGUCCAGGAAUUCCAAGGUAGUAGUGACCGUUAUACCGAGACAGCAGAGACCAUCAAUCCACCAAUCACAGCACAAUACGUACGCAUCAAGCCGAAGGUCUGGCACGGUCACAUAUCCAUGAGGGUAGAGUUUUAUGGAUGCACCGAGGGUAAGUUUAGACUGUGCCACGGGUCACACCUCAAAGAAAAAUAUUGUUACUCUUAGUAAAGGACAAAACCUCAGAGCCCCAUCGUGGUACGUCAACGAAAUCCGCCCUGUUCAUUCUCAAGAGGAGAGCCAGAUUCAUCUAUUUUAACUAAUACUUUAAGAGAAACAAACUAAAGGGAUAUUUUCGUCGACGAAAAUAUAUGGCCAAAUCAUAUCUAAAAACCCUUAGGAAUGCUAUAAUAAAUGUUUUUGUUGAAUGAUAAAAAUGAUGAAAGGAAACAGAAAAAAUGGAAGAUCGACGUUUCAAAUUCUUAGUCUUUUUUCUCCUGGCGCCCAGGUCAUCGACAUGCUGCAUUCGCUAUUUUGUUCUUGCCUCACUUUUUCGUUCAUCUACGCUGCUUUGCUUUUUUUUGACAGGUUUAAUGUCUGCUGUUUCAGGUAGCUCUUCAGUAAGUCACUGCUCACCCACCUUGUCUCGGAUAGAUUUUUUUGGCAUUUAUCCUAGUGCUCCAAGUGCCGCAUAAAAAUAAUUGUUUUCUGAUAUUCCACUGCAGACGGCGAUAUCUGUAACGUACAUAAGCCUUGCAAAAAUGGUGCGCAAUGUACAAAUGUAGUUGGUGGUUACCAGUGCAAAUGCCCGAGUGGUUUCAAGGGAAAGAAUUGCGACGAAGGUGAGUUUUACUCAAGAGACACGGUCUAAACCAAUUACAAUCUCACUGUCAUGGACCUUGAUAUAAAGGUUAUUGUAUUCUACAGGUUUGUUUAAGGGGCCUAUGUCACGCCAUCUUUCUACAAAGCUAAAACUUGUCUUCGCAUCAACUGAAUUCCAAAAACGUUGAAAACGAUGGGCCAAACUUUUAAAGCUUGCUUUUACAAAACAAAAGAGUUAAACUCCCAAAGGAUUGUCGUGUACACCGCCAACAUGGCCGCUGUAUCAUUGUGUUAGAAUAUCAAUAUGGUCUUCUUGACGUCAUGCGAAAACGCUCUAUAUUCCAAGUAAUAAAAGAAAUGGUUGUGAUCGCACCAUUGCCAUACGAAGCUCUACAUUGAUUAUUUACUUUUAAAAUUGUUUAGAUCUUGAUGAAUGCGCAAGUGGUCCAUGUAAGAAUGGUGCCAAGUGUACAAACACACCUGGAGGAUACAAAUGCGAGUGUGUUGGAGGAUGGUUCACUGGAAAGAACUGCAAUGAACGUAAGCGGAGUCUUAACCCCAGUAACUGUUAAUUUAUUCUCUAAUCGCGGUAGCAGAUUUGCGUGUUCUGUCAAAAAUGUUACACAUAUAAUCAUUUUCACCCUAAUCCUAAAUAGCGUCAUGGACAGUGUAAUAAACCACACUACGUGAAAUUACCAGUCAGUAGAUAUUAUAACACGGUACUACGAUAGAAACAAAAGCUAGACCCUCGUAUUCGUUAGUACACUGUGACCUUUGUUGUGACAUCUACAAAUGGUUAGACAUUCUAGUCUUCUUGGAUAAAAAACGGAAAACCGUAGGCCCCGUCUCACAGCUCUUUCACCGUUCUGAUUCUCUCGGGACGUUACCCACACUGCUGUUCGUAAAGAGUAGGGGACGUAAACCCCGGUGGUGUGGUAUAACCUGUCAUGGGCUGGGUGGGUAGUGAAGAGGUUGAUGUCAAUUGGAACGUUAGUCCUGUUUCAUCCCCUGUCACCGUGGCGAAUUCGAUAAAACAGGGAAAACAAAAACCUUUUGCUGGUCAUCAGCAAACUUAUAGGCUUUCAAUAACGCAGUUAUUAGUUUCAUUUCGAUGAAAAGAGGAAUGAAACUGAUGACUGCUAUUUUAAAAGUACAAUUUCAGGUAAUGACAAGCAAAAGGUAUAUUUUCCUAUUUCCCACCUGCCAGAUUCACACCAGUAUUGUACAAAGUUUCGAUGGAUUUCGCCUCGGAAGCACACAAUUUUCAUGAAUGCUACGCAAAUACAGUUAUCUCACUUGUUUAAAAACCAGCUGUCUGCUUUCUCUUGCUUUCUUUGAAUACCUUGGGUUGCACUUGCCCACCAACGGCCCUCAGAAAGUAUAAUGUGUGUAAUCUGUAAUGUGUACGUUCACAGUAUCUGAUGAAGGAGUUUCUCAGGAGGAUGCUGACAUAAUUACCUGUUGAUUAUUCUGCAAAAUACUUACGCUUUUUUUUGUUGAAAACAGCUCCUACUGAAUGCAUAGUCAACACAAAACUAAGUGAAUCGAACCGCGCUUCUGGCGUUUUGAGAAGAAGCGUCCUGCUAUGCGACCAGAGGAAUCUAAAAACAAUUGGAAAAUGGCACCAGUUUGUUGGUGACGCCGGAAACAAGAUGCCAAACUCCUGUGUUCCUACCCAACGCUGUGGGACCCACGCUCCCGGAUGGAUGAACGGCGAGCACCCUAAGAAGGAAGACGGAGUAGUAAAUAGGGAGGUAUGUUUCCACUGGAGUAACAACUGCUGCCGCUGGAAAGUUACGAUCAAGGUGCGGAAUUGCGGUGGACAUUAUGUUUACAAGCUGGAAAAGCCUCCUGCAUGCUAUCUUCGCUUCUGCGGUGAUAAAGGACACAGUAAGUUUUUAAUAGAUGGUCGGGAUUCGGGAUUCUAAAGCAAAAUUGGGACGAGAUUGGGGAUUGAAAGUGUGCGGGAGGUAGGAUGCCAAGAGUCACGGGAUUGAAGAACCCUAUUGGGGACUCAUUACAUAGCAGAGAUGCAAACAAUUUUUUCCCGCCUUAGUGAUAGGGUGAAAUUCCGAAAAGCCUAGAGACAGCGACAUGAGACAGAUAAAUGAAGACAAACGAAACAAAGGUGGGUUGAAACUGCGAUAGCGAGGAAGUCAGGCGUAACUACAUUAUUACACAAAACGGAGGGUUUCUUUUAACAGAAUAGGGACAUACAUACAAUCCCCGCCUCCUCAAGAGGGUCUCAACAGUUAGUAUCUAGUAUUUGCAGUGUCACGAAGAUGCUAAACUGUUUUCUAUUUUUCCCACGUUAGAUGUUUGCGAGCCUAAGAACCCAUGUCAAAACGGUGGAAUAUGUCAGCCUCAAGGUGACAGCUAUUUCUGCCACUGUAAAUCAGGAUAUCAAGGGAAGAACUGCGACAAAGGUAUGCUUUAUACUGACGAAAGGGAGACACUUUUUAAUAAAUACAAGGAUAAUACCCUCUCUUAAUUCCUUAAUUCUGUUCGAUCAAAUUCUGCAGGCGAUUUUCUCUGAUGUUGAGAAUAAUUUGCGGCCUAUCGGCCAUCCUGGCUAAAAAGGGUUCUCAGUUCAGAUGAUCAUACAAAUAGGCGUUCUCCUCUGUUAUUUCUUAUCAAGACGAAGAAGAUGUAAAGAUUCUAUUGCGCUGAUGGAAAUGGGACGUCGACACUGGUUUUGGGGUCUACCACUUAUAGGUUUGUGGGAGAGGGAUUGCUACAAAGCCACAGCGAUUAACACACUUAGCUGAGUUAGUAUCCUAGUGAGUCUGGAGAAGCCAAACGGAUUACCACCCUGUCUAUGGGGAGCAGCAAUUUUUGUUAAAGAUAUUGUUAAACCUAGACCUCUCAGUUUCAAAGGGGAAGAGGAAUAAAUAUAUUUUUUCGAUUUCCAUUUUUUUACAUUCCUUAGACAUAAACGAAUGUGCUGUCAGUAAUCCUUGUAAGAACGGUGGAACGUGCACCAACCAACCUGGAAGCUACAAAUGCUCGUGCGGUGCGAGAUACACCGGAAGGAACUGUGAGACAGGUAAAAGCCCUCACAAACGCUUCAUUUUUACAGGGGCACCCAAUGGAAAAUUUUGAGAAAAAGGCCUUAAAAGAACAACAAAGCAUGAAUAAAUCUUUCUGAAACCAUUUUAGGCAUUUUGGGAGAUUGCUUGAAAAAAUUUAUCUGUUCCUCAUUUCCAGCAAGACUGAUGGAAGAGUUCCCAGCCAGCAAGGUGCACCUACAACCUGCAACCUGACUUACUGAGGAGUUUCCCAGCAGACUUAUGUCCAGGCAUUACUGCCCAGUUGGGGUGUGGUCAUAGAGCAAAAUUCAGAACUUCAUUGGGGGGAAGGGGGGUGGUACAAAGCUAGGUGUGACCUAACAGCGAAAUUCAACCCUUCAGACACCAAAUCCCCUCAGACACCCUAAAUUAUCUUUCUCCCAGCAACAUUUUCCUUCCAAGGACAUAUCGUUUCUUCCACAUAUCUCAGCCAGUAAAACCUGGCCUGAAGAACAGAUAUUUUGAGGAACAGAUCCAUUGGCUGCCCCUGUUUUUAUGGCUACUGGCAGUUAGAACGCGAAUUUUAAGCAAAAGGCCAAGAUAAUAGCCAACACCAUCUUCAGUGAGGAUGGCGUCACAAGUUGUAAGGAACACUAUAGCCCUGAUAUUGUAGAGAGUACAAUUUUGUUUCCACUGAAGACAAAUUCUCUGAAUUGUGUUAGUAAUUCUGCAACAGAAGAAAUAGUAAGAAGUAGCUAGUGAGGUAGGGCCGGGAGCGUGCAGGAUAACCUAGAGAUUCAGUCACACGUUGGGGAUAAAUUGCACAUAAACUUACAGCAUUUGACGUUCAUUACGACUCAUCAAACUUCAUUAAGUCAGGAAAUCAAACUAAGCCUUCCCGCACGAACGAUUGAUCUCUCUAGCUCAAGGGUAUUGGGAAGAAGAUUAAACAGGUCAUCCCAGUAAUACCCAUGUAUAAUAUUAAAGAAUAAAGCUCAAAUUCAAUCUUGAAAUAUUUCAGUAAAAUCAAUUCAUACCUUGUAAGGACUUUCUAAAAGGUCUCAGUUGAAUGGCCACACCAGAGGAUGCUGUCCACAUAUCUAAGGGUUUCAAACCACAUGUAAAUUAAAUAAUGUAUUUACAACUGAAUUUUGCUAUUUAGAUGUUAACGAAUGCAAUGUUCAUAAGCCCUGCAAGAAUGGAGGCACAUGUGUCAACACUGUAGGCGGAUAUACUUGUAGCUGUCCACCAAAUUAUAAAGGAAAGAACUGCGAUGAAGGUUAGUUAACCUUUUAAAGCCCAAGAAUGACCAGUAUCAAUUUUCUCCCUGAAAGUUUAUGGUCUAUGAAACAUAGUGGUAACGAGAAUGAAUUACUUGAUCACACAAGGUGAAUUAUAUUGAUACUUCAAAAACUUCUCCGCUCCGGUUAAAGGAACUCUUUCACCAUCUUUCUGGGGUAACGUUUUAAAACUACAAAAACGUCGGCAUCAAAGAAACCUUACUAGUAGCUGUCCGUUUUUUUCAUAAUUACUCCACUACUCUAACCAUUAAACCAUAAGUGCGAGUUUACCUUUGACAGUCGCUGACUUGGCUAGAAAAUUAAUAGAUUGCAACUCGAAAAAAGUGGACCAAAUUUUGCAAGUUCUUCUCUUACCUGAUGGAAAAUUACCAAAAAAUAUAAUGUUCUGCUUUCUCAGCAAAUCGUUUCAUAUGGUAUGUAAUAGAUUAAGAGUGCUAAAAUCUCAUUACCUUUAGAUGUUGACGAGUGUGCCGCCAAACCAUGCAAAAAUGGAGGUAAAUGUGUAAACUCUGUUGGAAGUUAUAAGUGCAACUGCGAAGGUGGCUGGUUCACUGGGAAGCAUUGUGAUGAAGGUAAAAAUAUAUUUAUUAAAUUAUUUAUGAUAUUCUGAGAACAAACAGCAAAUAGCAUUGAAAAUUUUCACGAUUUCAAUCCAGUAGCAGUAAAGCCAUGCAAAAAAUAUUUAACAAAACGAAGAGGUACAGGAAUGCUACAUUUUAAGGGACGUUUUUCUUUACGAUAUCGCCGACGAUUUAUAAUCUUCACUGGUGGACUGAAGUUAAGCUGUAUAAAUUAAUUGUUUGACUUGAUUUGUAAUUACAUACGUUUAAAUCAGCUUAGAAUUUGUCAUAUGUCAGAAAAUGCAACAUUCUAAUUUUUUGGGCUCCCUUUCUUAUUAAUGAAAAACAUAAUGACUUUUUUCAAGAUCCUCCGGAAUGUUCAAGUUACACCCCACUUAACACUGCUGAUCGCGCGUCCGGUUUUAGCGACAGAAGAACGGUUAAGUGUGACAGAAACGACUUUCCCAAUAUUGCAAAGUGGUAUCGUUUUGAGGGUGCCGCAGGAACCAGAAUGCCUACCUCUCCAGUGCCUAAACAACAUUGCGGAACGCACGCAACAGGAUGGCUUAAUGGUAAACAUCCCAAAAAGGAAGAAGGAGUGGUGUCCAGAAAGGUUUGCUUCAACUGGAGCGGCAACACUUGCAGAUGGUCAAUAUAUGUUAGCGUUCGUAACUGUGGAGCAUUCUACGUGUAUCACCUAGGACGUACGCCAGGUUGUUCGUUUAGGUACUGUGGAAACAAUGGACAUGGUGAGUUGUCUAUACAUGCAACUGAUGCAUGCGUUUUGAAACAAGCUUGGGUUCAAGAUGGCUAGAUAUUGACCAAGUUCGCUAAAAUUGCCCAAAAAAAAAACCUUGCCAAUAUCCAGCUAUCUUGGUCAAUAAAGGGUUUGUUAUAUGGCCAACGUGGGAAAUCCCGAGCGGGUAAGAUGGCCCUAUCUUGCCCACUCGGGAGCUAAUCAGAACACAGGAUUCGCGUCAUACACUGUCACAGGCUACCAGCAGCGCCCUGGUCCGAUGGUGUAAACACCAUAUCAUCAGAGGGUGUUCAGAUCACUAUUGGGUCACCAAAAACAAAUUUCCAUUGACAAAAUAUGAUUAAUUGUCAUUUAAAUCAUCCACAAGAAAAAAGCAGAGGUACAGCUGUCAUUAAAAUGAACAAUAUUGAUCAGUGUUACAAUUGUAUUGAUCAAUAUUGAUCAAUGCCAUCUUUUCAGAUACUUGCAAGGUACGCAACCCAUGUAAAAAUGGAGCAACUUGUAAGCCAGAUGGUGAUGACACCACUUGUCAGUGCCCUCCUAACUACCAAGGGGAAGACUGUGAUCAAGGUAGGCACCGUAUAAAAGUAAUUCAGCUACCAGUGUUGUACCAAUGUAAUUGCGAAACAUCUCAGGACCCAGUUGUUCGAAGGCCAAUUAGCGCUUAACCCAGGGUUGAAUUUUCUUUUCUAAGCUUUCAUUUCUGAAUUCAAAUUUCGCACUAACCCUGGGCUAUCUUAACCCAGCUUUGAACAACUCGGCCCUGAUGUUUUAUACCAAUUACGAAGGGAAAACACAAUGGCGAGGGUGAGGACAAUCUCCAGGAAAAAAUUAGAUCGUCUUUCAACUCAACAGGAAGCAGUUUAUGCUCUAUUUAGGCACUUUUUCAAAGUUGUGUUUAAUAACUUGAUUUUCUGCUUCGGCGUAGAUGUCAAUGAAUGUGCUAAUAAUCCUUGCAAAAAUGGAGCAAAGUGUACGAACACUCGUGGGAGCUACACGUGUACAUGUGACAGUAGAUUCACUGGAAAGAACUGCGAUCAAGGUAAGAAACCGAUCAGAUGGGCGGUUUUAGCCAGCUAUGGCCAUUUAGCGAGCUUAAAUUGACUAAAAGGUGAGUAUCUUUAAUUUAGCAAUUUUUAAUCUGUGAAAGGUUUGAACCCAGGAGUCAUUUCAUAAGUAGGCUGAGUAUGAUCAUCCAGGUGAACUUAGUCCCGAAUAGGACAGUUGUUGACAGUGACUGACGUUUCGACAACCUGUGCGGUAGUCAUCUUCAGACUAAGUUCACCCAGACGAUCUUACUCAACCUACUAAUCAAAUCUGUUGUUCUCCGUUUAAGAUGUGAAUGAGUGCAAAGUUGGUAACCCCUGCAAGAAUGGAGCGACUUGUGUCAACUCCGUGGGUGGAUACAGCUGCAGGUGCCCUGCAAAUUACAAGGGAAAACACUGCGAUGAAGGUAAGAAAAAUAGGAAUAAUUUUCCUGUUUGAGUGGUUGGCUAUUAUGAAUGCUUGUUUAUGACACCGACAUACCACUGGUCAAUUGCUUUGCUUCUUUCAUAGAUGUGAACGAGUGUGCAGUUAAGAAUCCUUGCAAAAACAGUGCCAAGUGCGAGAACACUCGAGGUGGUUAUAAUUGCAACUGUGUGGGAAAAUGGUUUACGGGAAAACACUGCGACCAAGGUUUGUUUUCAUAACGUCAGCUAGUGUAGAAUUCAGAUUGAAGUGGAUUGGUACGAUAACAAGGGAAAUGGAUGCCUUCAGUAAUUCAAACAUAAUAUUAAGAUGUCUAAGGUUAUGAAGUCAGAUCUUGGGAUGUACCAGUGACGACAAUUUCCGCUCAAACAUUGAAGUAAAACUUAUCAUUUUGCCUUUCUGCAGACCCAAGUGAAUGUUCGAAUUACAAAAAGCUUAACGAUGCUGACCGUGCCUCGGGUUUACACAGAGGAAACGUACUCAAAUGUGACCAAAACGACCUCGACGUCAGUUGGUACCGCUUUAUGGAUGCUGCAGGAACCAGAAUGCCUACUUCACCAGUGCCGAAAGAUCACUGUGGAACCCACGCAACAGGCUGGCUUAAUGGUCAACAUCCUAGCAAGGACGAAGGAGCGGUCUCCAGGAAGGUCUGCUUUCACUGGAGCAGCAGAAUUUGCCAUUGGCAAGUUAAUGUCAAGGUCCGUAACUGCGGGGCAUACUUGGUGUAUUACCUGCCAAAAACACCCGGCUGCUGGUUCCGCUACUGUGGAAACAAAGGACAUAGUAAGUUGAACUUAAGAUGGUGCUUAAAACAGUAACUUUUCUUUUAAGUUUGUGUGUAUUUUAAUAUCGCUUUUUUGACCUGAUGUCAUUUCUGUUUUAUCAAUGCUUGCAGACAUUUUAUUAUCUCGCCCAUUUUUACGACGUUCACAUGGCUUAAAAUGUAAUAAUUUUUAAACUUAACAGAUGCCUGUAAGUUUAGCAAUCCCUGCAAGAAUGGAGCGACCUGCUCACCAAAUGGCGACAGUCUGACUUGCCAAUGUACGGCCAACUUCCAAGGGGAGCAUUGUGACAAAGGUAUUAGAGUUGGGUAGCGGCCUCUGGACAUAUACCCUGCGCAGCUGGCGGGAUUAGCGUGUGAAUACUGUUGUAUUUCGGCGGCGGAGCCGCGAGAAGAUUACUUGGAGUCAACUCGCGGCUCCGCCGCCAAGAAAGUACCGCGCGCAUAACAAUCCAGCCAGCCACGCAUGCUACUGGACAUGGUGUUGUUGAUCGGUCGGUAAGGUUAGACACAAACUGUCCGUAAUCAAACGUUCGGUCAAAAAAUGGAUGAAAUAACUGUCACUGGUGGAAAUUCCACGGGAGGAGAACUCCUGGAAAAUUCAAGCGAGACUUUUCGCAUGCUUCUGAAACUUUUUACCCUACUUUAGACGAAAGUACAUAUGUAAAGAGUAUUACUAAUAGGGAUUGGAGGAUCAACGUCAGGCAUCCCUCCAAUUCACCAAAGCUCUCCCUCUUAAAUUACAGAUAUUAAGGCAAAAACACUCAAAGUCUGUUUAGGUUCUAAUGUUUGAAUUUUCUUUCUGGUGACGUGCUUAAUUUUUCGAUUCAAUCAAUAUUAGGUAUUCGUACCCACUCCCCCACACGUUAAGAAAAUGGCCAUUGUUUCAGCAGGGGUAUAUAUUACUCCCAGUUCAGUUUAAUAAAUGAUUUAUCCUAACUUUUGUGGUAAUUAUUAAACGUCAAGUGAUUAACAAAAAAGGUAAACUAUGUUUUAAAGCGAAAAACGUACAGAGGUGGGUUAAUUCUCUGAUUUUCGUAUUUUUCAUUCAUUGUUUUAUGCGUAGAUGUUAAUGAAUGCGCCAAAAACCCCUGUAAGAAUGGGGCAACAUGCACCAACACUCACGGAAGUUACAGGUGUACAUGUGACCCUGGAUUUACUGGAAAGAACUGUGAUCAAGGUUAGUCGCUUGAAUAAAUUAAAACGGUUUAGAAUUAUCGACAACUGACCCCACAAGUUGAAGAUCCGAUUGUAGAGUAAGUAAUCUGUGGGUAUCUGGUUAUCAGAAUCUGAAGUCAUACCUUUUGUUUGGUGGGGUGAUACGUUGUCGUAUGAUUCUCUGUCCUCUACUUCUCGAAUAAAAUGAAUAAGCUGGCUGACUGUUCUCUGUGAAAGGUUUGAACCCAGGAGUCAUUUCAUAAGAAGGUUGAGUAUGAUCGUCCGGUGAACUUAGUCCUGAAUAGGACUGUUGUUGACAGUGACCGACUUUUCGACAACCUGUGCGGUAGUAAUCUUCAGAGUCAAAGUCAGUUGUAUCACGUCAGUUGAUGGUGUAAAACUCUGGUUAUUGAUCUGAUUGGUCAAUUACGUCGAGGUGUUAUUGAUCAUCUGCGCAGUUAAGCCGUGAUGUUCUCUGUUGCAUUGUCUGAGUGACUGCUGUCGUAAUUCGGUUGUCUAAGUCCUUUAAGCCAAUUGUAUACACCAAGAAAGCCACUUGAAAAUUUGGGCUUAAUCUGAGUCUUGCUUGAGCUUGCGAGAGCAGAGGCCCUUUUCGGCUUUAGUUUCACACACCGAAAUAGGGGUCUGUUCUCGCAGGAUGGUUUUUACUUUCACUCAUCCAGCCAUAAUGUCAAGUUUAAUUCACAAGAUAAAUUAGACCACGUCGAAGAAUAAUUAGGCUUCAAUUCGAUGACGGCCUGUCGUCACAUCUGAAGUGUUGACUGCCAUGUAGUAUACACUUCCUCUUAUUUCAUCUAACGAUAUCAAAGUGCCAAGGCAUAAUUUUACACCUCACGUUUCCCGUAGAUGUGAAUGAAUGUACGGCAUACAGGCCAUGCAAAAACGGAGGAACCUGCACCAACUCUGUUGGUAGUUACAACUGCAGAUGUCCUGCAAAUUACAAGGGAAAGAAUUGUGACGAAGGUUGGUAAAGCAGCUUCUAAAUCUGUUGCCGGAGUAAGGAAUUCUAAUAGCAUAGAUAGUAAAAAACAUAAGCCGAAGAUCAAUAAUAAAGUACGAGAUCGUUACAAUAACUUGGCAAGCGUAAGAGUUGCACGUUAGAAGACUGGCUAUGAACAAACGUUUGCUUAGAGUUUUGAUGAUUUAAAAUGUUAUUUCCACCACUCCAAAUUGUGUUUCAUUUGACAUCAAGAUCCCUCGAGGUCGGUGCGCGUCAGUGUUUGGAUAUCGGAUAAAACACUCUUCCUUGUGUAUUAUACAUUACGUAAAAACAACGAUUAAAGUUACUUCUCUUUCCUUUCAGAUGUGGAUGAAUGUGCUGCCUUAAAUCCCUGUAAAAAUGGCGGCCGUUGCCAAAACACUAGAGGAGGGUAUAGCUGCUCAUGCCCUCAAAGAUUCGCAGGCAAAAACUGUGACCAAAGUAUGUUCAGAAUAGAUUGCACAAAACCAAUUUUUGUCAACCUCUGUGUCUGUAUUAAUUGGUCCCUUCCUUUUUUUCGUGCCAUGGUUUAAUAUUCACCAUUUUGACAUUGCCCUAGCCUGAGAAAACAGCCGACUUAUCGCGACGACACCCCAGGUUUCCCCGCGAAACGACAUCUGAGGAACAAGCGCAGAAAUCCCAUGCUGAUGACGUGUUAUCAAGCAGAUCUGGGGUGCUUUUGAUGGGUUGAAGUGAGUUUCCCACCAAAAUCUGGGAAGUGACAGCACGACCUCUCAGAAGCAAUUUGUACCAAAAUCUGGGAAGUUUAUACAGGUCAAUGGUUUUGUAAUUUUCACAUGUAGGAAUUUCUUACGCUCUCUCCUCAAACGUAAAUUUCUCAUGUAGUAGUAUAAUGCGGGAAAACCAAUGAUUGCGUCGCGAAAUGUUGGUUGUUUUCUCAGGCUAACUUUGCCUACAAUACACCUUGUUUACCGCCCCCCCAAACGUUUUGCAUAAGCAUUGACUUCAAUUUCUGUAGGGGCGACUGUACGAAUUUUAAAACAAUGGUUAUGCAAUACUUUUAGGAGUUGGGGGUAAGCAAGGUGUAUUUUGGGCAAUUUAAAAAAGGUGAAUUAAGGGAUAAAAGAUUGAUAGAAUUUUCCAUAAAAAGCCCGUCAGUCAUUGUCCCGGCAAGGAAUGUUGACGUUCUUGUGAUGCUAUUAUGAUACUUCAAUAUAUUCAACGUGAAGUAAUAGAACCAACUCCACAAUGUGUUUCUCUAUAAAACACAUGGGCGGAUUUAGAGGUCGGCCCAGUGAACCGCGGCCACCCCUUUCUGAAUUUUCUGGAACUGCUCCUGAAACAGCAUCCGAAAGUGAUUUCAGUUAUUUAGAGCUUAGUGGAGUUGAUUCGUGCCGUGGCUUUUAUCGGGUAAAACAAUUACCGUUGUGAAGGAAUCAAUUCAGAAAACAAGUAAUGGCCAAUUUUACAACUGUUACAGUUGGAAACGAGGACGGAGUGGACCUUGUUUUGACACGACCCGUCCUGCUUUAUUGUGUAAAUCGGAUUAUUGUUACGCUAACUAGUUUUUGCUAAGCAUAAUUUCCAUAAGAAGAGUAAGGAGGUUUGUAUCAAAGCAAGGUCAACCUCAGCCUCACGUUCACUCAGAGGCUAGGAUACUAAGCCUACAACUAUAAAAUGACCUAUUCGUCAUACACUAACUCGGUUUCGAGGAAAAGAUACUCAAAAAAAAAAAAAACGUAAAUUAAAACCAAGAAACACCCCUAUCAGGAGUGCCUCUACAUAUGAUUUUGUUUCUAACCUUAACCAACGCUCUUUUAAAUUUCAGUCCUCAUUCCAUCUGAAUGCAAAAAUUACGUUGUAAUCAGUGAAAAAGAACGCUCAAAGACCUACAGUGGAGGCCCAUUGACCUGUGACCAGAGGAAUCUUAAAACAGUUGGGAAGUGGCACCGUUUCAUGGGAGCAGCCGGAACUGCAAUGCCUACGGCCUGUGUACCGACACAUCGUUGCGGUACGCAUGCGCCAGGCUGGCUCCAGGGAGGGCAUCCUACUGAAGAGCAGGGUGCUGUUACAAAAAAAGUUUGCUUCCACUGGAGUGGAAAUUGCUGCAAAUGGAGUGUUAAUAUCAGAGUCAGAGACUGCGGAGAAUUCUACGUAUAUAACUUCCCCAAGACUCCAGUUUGCCAUCUUAAGUAUUGCGCCGAGCAAAAAGGUAUAACAGAAAGUCAUGUUUUGAAUCCUCUGACCUUGCUUUUGUUUUUAACGAUUAAGUUGCCGACAUUAACUUACUUGUGUACUUAUAUACUCACCUGGUGUCAGCUGCUAGGUCAAAAAAAAUAAUCCAAAAACACCAUUUCCUCUUUGCCUUUGGAAUAUUACAGUAGUCAAUGUCAAAAUUUUGAUUCUGAUAGAGCAAUCGAUUCACGAAUACUAAAAAUCAUUCCUAAAUAGUAAGCGGAACAUAAUGGAUAUAAUUAGUUACGAAGAACAGUCACUUACCUCCGGCUUCUGCUUUGAGCAUAACUCUGUCCUUUUUCUUUCUUAAGCUCCAGGGAUGCCUUCGUCCUGUAAGCGUCCUUUGGACAUUGGUGUGAUUAUGGAUCGCUCUGGUUCAGUUGGUUCCCAAAACUUUGAUCAGGCGAAGGAUUUUGUCAUAUCACUGGUGCACAAAUUGCAAAUCUCUUCCCAUGGUACCCGCAUCGGUAUCAUCCCGUACCACUCCAGUGCGCAGGUUUCAGUGAGGUUUUCUGACGUCCAGCAUCAGACGCCAGAUGCCAUGACCAAGCUGAUACAGGCUAUCAAGUACACCUCGGGAAACACACGCACUGAUAUUGCUAUUGAACUGGCCAAUAGUCAGCUGUUUAGCAGUGCAGGUGGAAUGCGCAGUGACAAACCGAAUGUGCUUAUUGUCAUGACGGAUGGAAAGACGAAUCAUGGAAGUAAAGCUUACAAAAUAGUGCUAGAGCCAUUGAAGGUGAGGUAUUGAGAAACUCAUGCAGUGUUGUCAGAAGGUUUACUUGUUUUAUGCUAUACACUAAUACUUAACCUAUCACAAGAAGAAAAGCAAAUGGCUUUCCAGUAAGUGGGGAAGGAAACAGCGCAAGACAAUCUAGAAAGUUUGUCUCCCACUUCCAACAGCUACUUAUAAAAGUACAUUCUUUCUAGUUUUUUACCAAAUCCAAAGUAACUAUAAAGUAAUUAACAACUUAAUCUCUGUAGGCUUGGGUUGCCCGGUCGACUACCGAAAAAGAUAUUUCUGGUCCUUUUUGUAUCACGUACAAAUCGUAGUGGAGAAAUAUUCAGAAUCUAUCUAGGCUUACAAAUCCGUUGAAACAGGAAAAGCAUAGGCCUCAGAUAUACUCCAAAUUCAUAUCUGAAGUAGCUAGACCAAGGAAAAGUAAUGAGAAUGGCCACUCAUUUCCUAGAAAAAGAACGUGAGAAUGAUAGCAGUUGGCAUCGGAUCAGGAAUUGACGACGACGAAUUGGAAGAGAUCGCUGAUGGUAAACGUGAAAACGCAAUUCACGUGGAUGCGUUUAAUCAACUUCUCAGUAACGAGAACAACAUACUGUAUGCCUCUUGUCAACCAGGUAACUUUGAAGUCAUUUACACACCCUGUGGAGACACUUUGCUUCUCCUUCUGAUUUGACUCUUUUUUGGGGGGGUUCACAUUUGUAAACUAAGGACGUAAACAGAUUCGUAAGCUGACGUUUCUAGCGUUAGCCCUUCUUCAGAGAGAAUCUGUCUCUUGAUGUCUCACUCUCCCACCUACCGAGAACCACAGUUCCUUAAAGGAGUAUCCACUUUACCAUCCAAAUGGUUCGUUUUCUUUUGACCAAAAGAUUUGUCAGGGUAAUUUUCUCUGUUAUUUUGAAAAAAAUCCGAUCAUCAACUUGGAAAAAAGAAAUAAAGUGAAUUUACUUUUUGUUUCACAUUCGCAAAUGGCUAGACCUUCUAGUUUCCUUUCAUAAAAAAGGAAAACCGUAAACGCCGUCUGAGACUGACUCGGUGGGACCAUGAAGAAGCACCAGGCCCCAAUUGUUCAAACGUUAGAUAAUGCUCUCCACAGAAUAAAUCACUACCCAGCAAAUAAGAAACAGGGAAAUAUCCACUGAAUAGUGAUUUACUCAGUGAAUAGCACUAUCCAUCUAUUGAACAACUAGGGCCAGGGACGUAGCAAACUGACUACUGGAAGUGCCUACCUAUAGUGCACCGUCUAUAGUUAAGUCUUAAGUGGGUAAUUUGUAGGCGGGGCUCUUGACAUAGGCAUAACCUCCUGGUCCUCCUUCAGGAGGACCUUCAGUAUGUGAGUAUAUUUAUGUCCCUCAUGUUAGUAUGCUUGUCACUCAGACGCUGCUGCCCCACCGUGUCAACACGCAAUGGACGUUGGUAUCAUCAUGGAUCGAUCAGGAUCUGUGGGCAGCAAAGACUUUUUAAAGUCGAAGAAUUUUGUUAGCGCCCUUGCCAGAAAGUUCCAAAUCUCAUCUCUCGGCACCCGCGUAGGUAUCAUUGCAUAUCACUCAAGCUCGCAUCUGGUAGUUAAAUUCGCUCAAGAGGACAAGCAAAACCCAUCUGCCAUGAAAGAUGUCAUCGACAGGUACCAUUAUUUUCCCCUGAUCUUCUUCCUUCCAGGUUUCCAUUCAGGAAAAGAAAAGUUAGGUAUAUUACCGAAUGACUACAGAAAGGCCCUAGCUUCUUUACCUCAGUUUUAAGUUUAUUUGCCCGAAGCUUUGUCACUUGUCUAUAGCUUUGGAUGCAUUUGAGCGAGUUCUUGAUCAUACCCAUGAAAAGUUGUUCUUAGUACCUCCGAAGUUUCAAGAUCAGAGGCCGUGCAAAGAGGUUCACCAAAUUUCGGGCACAUAAUUGUCCCAAAUAGCAAGAAACAUGAAAACAAAAAUACCCGUCAAAAGCGAACCACUUGUUAAACAAAAAAAACUCUGGAAUUCAAUCCUGGACACAGUUAAGUGAAUUCUCCGCCUCGGCAAACAAUGUAUGAUGUCCAUGCUGACUCACUGCAUGGUCAGUAAGAAAUACCUCAUUCUCGGAAACACUUCAUUCAUUCUUGGAGGGUUUAACCCGACAAACACUUGGUUUCAAACGCCUACAAAAAGUUAGGAUUGAGGAACUAGUCAGAAGUGAUGUCUGCGGCUGCAUGUCAUCUUCAUCAAAAUUACCUGCUGGUGAAUGAGUGGAUGCUAUAUAGGUGCCAUUCUCUUUGAAUAAGUGACUAAUAUAGGAUUUGUCUCCUGAACAGAAUUGCUUACACCGGCGGCGGAACUCGAACGGACAUUGCCCUUCAGAUGGCCAACUCUGGACUCUUUAGCUCCGCGGGAGGAGACCGUGCUGAUAAACCAAACGUGCUCGUGGUCAUCACAGACGGAAAAACAAACAGUGACAGCAAGCCCUACAGCAGUGUCCUGGCACCGCUUAUUGUAAGUGACGGGUCAAUUAUGACUUAUUUAUAAGGAGCUUAAGCAACCACGACGACGACGAUGACAACGCCAAAAAAUUUGGUUUCAAGAGCAAAACAACAGCUCUGCACGAGCAUCAUCAUUUUUACUACAUUUCUUUGACGUCCACUGCACGACUACGACGUGGAACCUCCUAAUUCGACGUCCAGUGGAGGGCGUAAACAUACGACGACGAAUUUUCCAGGCUAUUUUUGAAACUAGAACAAGUCAACUCCAGGAACAAUCACCUACAUUUGACAAAUUGUAAGGGACUAAAUAGAUGCGAGAAAGUUUGAAAGGACACAUUUUAUAGCGACGUUUUCACUGCCGUCGUCGUCGUUGUUGCUUAAGCUCCCUAAUAGCACCAAUCAAGAUCAAGCAAUGCUGAAGAUUUAGCACUUUUCAAAAACGUUUAAACCUGCAGAGGGACGUGCCAGUAUGUACGGGACGAAUUUAAUGUAAUUUAGAAAACAUUAUUUGUAAUAUUUUAAACAUUUCUUGUAAAGCGCCAUUGGGCAUCGCUGGAAAUGGCGCUAUAAACGUAAAGUAUCAUUUUUAUCAUUGUUGUUAUUAUUAUUAUUAUUAUUAUUAUUAUUAUUAUUAUUAUUAUUAUUAUCAUUAGUAUCACUAUUAGUUCGGUUAAAUCCUUCCUAAAGCCCCGUGCAAAAGGAAGCAACAGAGUUGGCCAACAACUUCCAACAUUGUUGGAUGUUACAUGUUGUGUCCGUUUUCACACCCUGUUGCAUGUUGUUGCGUGUUGUUGGGAGUUGUUGCGCAAAGUUUGAAACCGGUCAAACUUUGAGCUGCGUGCAAACGGACGCAACAACUCCCACCAUUGUUGGCCAACAAUGUUGGGAGUUGUUGCGUCCGUUUGCACGCAGCUUAAGAGAGACAAAUACUUGGUACGUUGUGUGUUUACUGAAAAAUGCUCAUGGACGUACGUAUAAUGACCAACGACGAUCACCAGUAAACACAGAACAACUACAACAAACCUUAUUCACACAUAUUAAUCUUGCACUUAACAACUCGCCGGACCAACAACGCCUUAUCGUUGUUCAUCAGUCCAUGGCUACGUAAUAGUUCUGAUAAUAAUAGCCAGAGAUGACCGCCAGUCACUAUAGGUACGCACUGUUAACCGUUUAAGCCCCAAUAUCCACAUACAAAUUCUCCAAACUGAUCUCUAUAUAUUUCCUUAAAGAAUGUGUUGAGAGAAUUUGACAAAAGAUCAAAGCAUUUCUCUUAGGUGAUCAUUUUAUUAAUGCUCAUAACCUAGUCUCUUGACAAUGUAUGGAUAUCAUUGGGAGAAAAUUGAUGUUGGUCACUAUUGGGACUUAAAGGGUUAACUAGUAAGUAAUUAGUGAAAUUUCUUGUGUUCAUUGAUUUCUUCUAGAGCAAAAAGGUAAAAAUGAUUGCAGUUGGAGUUGGCAGUGGUAUCGAUUAUAGCGAGUUGCGGCAGAUUGCUAAUGGUAACACUGCAAACGUAUUGCACGUUGACAAGUUCGAGGACCUCUUUGUAAGACUGAACUCCGUUCUCCAAGCAUCGUGUCAAAGUUAA